GCCGGAGUCUGUCAGGACUUCGACCACUGGCUUCUGACGUGAAUGUUAGUCCUCAUAUGUCUCUAGGGCUUCUCUCCUGCUCCUUUCCUACAUCUUCACUACUUCAUACAACUACUACCAGGCAUUCAAACAGGGAUCUCUUGACUGAGUAUCUCUCAAACUCUGUGUCUACCGAUACUGCAUACGUUACAACCACACGAUCGCUCAUGUUGGCUGGAUACCAAACGGGAAUAUUCUUAAUGCGACUAUAAUUCGGACUGGCUCCUGGAAUAGACGGAAAUUUCGACUCUAAAGACUUGCAUUUUAUGUGCUGAUAUCGACGACAAUGCUCAGCAGAUGGCUCCCCUUACUGCUGCUUUCCAGUUACGCUUCAGCGUUCUAUCCCUACCACGAUGGUGAUGGCGGAAACGUUAGAAGGUUCGUCCCACUGGACAUUGAGCCGCGGCCUGCAGAGGGCGUCGGAGGCGUCACAGUCGACAUACAGAGAAGAAGGCAGAAGAGAGGGAAUGACUUCACAGUAGUCAAAUCCAACAACCCUAACGUCCCAAAUGCGGUGGCGAUCGACUCGGACGGCUCUGACUUCACCUACUUUGCGAUUUUGAAGUUCGGAUCUUCAGGGAAAGAGAUGUACAUGUUGGUCGACAGCGGGUCCGCAAACACCUGGGUAAUGGGCUCGAAUUGCUCGUCGAACGCUUGUGGAAUACAUAAUACCUUUGGAAAUGCCGACUCGACCUCUUUGAAGACGACAUCUCAGACGUGGAGUUUGAGUUACGGCACUGGCCAGGUCAAGGGGGUUGUGGCUCAAGAUGAAGUCAGCUUUGCUAACUACACCGUCCACAUGGGCUUCGGCAUCGCUUCCAGUGCGUCGGACGAUUUCAACAACUAUCCCAUGGACGGCAUUUUAGGGCUAGGUCGGCCCAGUUCAGAUGCACUGGGUACGUCUACCAUUAUGGAAGUACUAGAUCAACAGGGCAGCUUGUCCCACAACAUUGUCGGCAUUCAUCUUCAACGCGCCUCGGACGGGACGAAGGAUGGACAACUCACGUUCGGUGGGGUUGACUCGUCGAAAUUCUCUGGCCAGCUGGGAUAUACCAAGGUCAUCAACGAGGCCAGCUGGGAAAUCGCGGCAGACGAUGCCGGCGUUGACGGCAAAGGGGUGGGUUUCAGCGGCAAGAGUGCCAUAAUCGACACUGGCACAUCUUACGUCCUGAUGCCGAAGUCUGAUGCCCAGGCACUACACGCCCUCAUUCCGGGCAGUGCUCAGAACGGAGAAAUUUUCGUUGUUCCCUGCUCAAGUAACGCCAACGUCUUCUUCACCUUUUCUGGCGUUCAGUAUGCAGUCUCCCCCAAGGACUACGUAGGCCAAAACCUCGGCAAUGGCUGCCAAAGCAAGAUCAUUGGCCAUCAGGCUUUUGGGCCGAAUGAGUGGAUACUGGGCGCUGUUUUUCUGAAGAACGUCUACACUGUGUUCGACUUUGACAACAAUCAGAUUGGAUUUGGAGCCGAAUCAGGUAGUGGCAGUGGCAGCUCAUCUUCAACAUCAGCAACAAGCAAAACAUCCACGAGAAGCGCCUCAUCAUCGAGCCACACAUCUUCUGACUCUCGUUCAUCGGCUUCGAAGCCGUCGACGACCAUCACAACGUCAACUACUGGGAGCAGCUCGUCGACAUCUACGGCUGCCGCGGCUACAUCAUCUGAAGCUAGCGACAGCAGUCCAUUCGGAAGUUCCGACACUACUUCGUCUGCGGCGUCACAGGCGACGACACACGUUGUAUCGAUGGUAUUACUUGCAUUAACUAUUGGAUUGAUAUUGUAAUUCAUGAUGAUGAAAGCAUUUCAGCGAAGCUUGUUCCAGUCAUAGCAUUGUACAUUCUCGGGCUCAAGCGCAUAUGGUGGCGCCAGUCACAUAAAACAUGAGAUAGUGUGCAAUUUACGGGUGUCAACAUCGA